AUGAUGGCGUUUUACACCGGCCUGUCCCGUGUGUCAGACCACAAGCAUCACCCGACUGAUGUGCUGGCAGGCUUUGCACAGGGAGCCCUGGUGGCUUACUGCGUGGUGUUUUAUGUCUCAGAUCUCUUCAAGCCCAAGACAAAGACUUGCCUGCCUCCACCGCCCAUCCGGAAGGAGAUCCUUUCACCUGUGGACAUCAUUGAGAGGAAUAACCAUCACAACAUGGUGUAGAACUUCAAGAAAUCCGAGAAAUCGGAUGGGUGUUGUAUUUUAUUUUAAACUUUUUUUUUUUUUUUGCAAAAAAAUGACUGCUGACAGCAACUACCUGCUGCUCUCAAAUCUCAUCAGACAGUAGAAUGUAGGGAGAGACUUUCUUGCCCAACCAGUAAAGUCUUACUCUGUGGUCUUUUCAACUUGCAACAUUUGGAUGAAAGGGGUGGUGGUGGUCAACUAAGGCAAAGGCGACAAUGAGAAAGAAAAAAACCACAAAACACAAAAGCCGAACAAACAAAGAGAGGUGCCGGAGUUCUGGAUGUGCAAUUGGUUUGAGUGUUCAUGUUGUAGUGAACGCCAAAUUGUUCAUAGCCCAAUGAACACUAAGGGGUUUU